AGACUCUCUAUCCAUGAGUGCGUGCACAUUCGAUUCACUGACCAUUAGCUCUGUUGUACUCUCCUGCUUACAGACUGUUUUCAUUGUGCCUCUGUGGAGUUCAAGCGAGAGUAUCUUGAGUGCUUUUCUAUUCUUGGAGAGACUCGUUCUCUUAUCUUCUUAUUCCGUCCAUCUGUCCCUCCUUUCGCCUUUGUGCUUUCUGGAGAAGGAGGAGCUCCGAAAAUCUGCGGUAGUGAUUAUUCUUUUUCGAUCGGCAACAAAUGUGAUUGUAGCGAUGAAGCCGCGCUGAAGGACCUUUUCCCUUCUUUUCAUCACACGGACGGAAAGCUCUUUGAUGUAUUUACGGCGCCCCCGCAUGGAAACACUCUGAACCAAUUACAACCUGGCCCGUAGCUAGUUAUGGACUGCACGGCGGCUAUUUUGAAAGCGUGCGCCCGCUCAAGGAGCGUACGGUGUAGGCACGAGCGGGCCUCGGCGCACCACCGCCCGUGGAGGUUCGCGCAGAGCUGCCAUUGCGGGGCGGUCGGCACCUUCGGCCAGGCCUCCUCCCUUCUGCGAAGCUUGCUGGUUUAUGUAUGCUGCUGUCUGACCCGCGAGGAAAAUGCGGAUCCGUGUCGGGAUUGGGUCGAUCGUUCCGUCAAUGGAGCGAGGAGAAACAGGAGAGCAAGAUGUGAGGAAGGUGAAGAGGAGGAGUUAGGACCACCUCCGUCAGUAGAUGAGGCAGCCGAUGCGCUGAUGACCAGACUGGGCUUUUUAUUGGGAGAAAAGAUUAUCAACGAAGAACCCGGGUCACCUCACCAUGCCCGAGUCGAUGGACGGAGGAUUUCACCUUCCUCCAGCCUGGACAGCAGCAACACUUCGCCCUCGCCCACACUACCGCCCCCUGCUGGAGUGGAGGGCAACAACAACAACAAACCAUCCAUCUGUGCCUCUGUCACCUCCCCCACAUCAACACUGGAGAGCAGGGAUAGUGGAAUCAUAGCUACAUUGACCAGCUAUUCCGCCGAAUCAGCAGCAGAGCGCGACGACGACGCCAAGCGCACCGGCGACGCUUACCAGGACGGCAGCCUCAAACUGUGGAGGCGGGCGGGGCGGCCAGCGGCGGCGUGGACUUCCUCUUCCUGUACGAUAGCGACAGGAAGCUCGAACGACGGCUUCCUCUACAGGGCUGAGGACGACAUGGCUUCCACGUACAGCCUUAACAAACUCCACCCAGAUUGGGGACAAGACUCCAAGCGCUUGUCUGGAUCCACCCACUCCAUCCCCCUCUACCUUAUGCCUCGCCCCAAUUCCGUUGCUGCCACUAGUUCUGCUCAACUUGAAGAUCUGGCCUACCUGGAUGACGAGCAAAGGACCACCCCUUCCAGGGCGUCGCUCAGAAUGCCCAGACAGAAUUCUGGAAGUCGAAGUCAGCAGGAAAAGAGAGUUCCCUUGACGCCAUAUCUUAGCCUGAAGCCCCUCCACUUUGAAAUUCCCGGACUGUUGUCUGAUUGGAGGUUUACCGGAAGGGAGUGGCUCUUCCAGGAAGUCGACACCUGUCUGUCCAGCGACGACCCCUUAAUCAAUCAAGGGGUCGUGAUCGUCGGAAACAUGGGCUUUGGCAAGACGGCCGUCGUCGCCCGCCUCGUGUCGCUGAGUUGUCACGGGAGCCGGAUGUGGCCGACGUCCGGCGGCGUCCGGACGCUGCCCGAAUGUGCAGAAUCCGGCCCCCGAGGAGGAGCAGACGAAGGAGGAGGGGGCAGCUGCCCAGGGACUCCGGAGGUCAAGAGGAGACAGCGAGAGGCCAUGCUGCGGCUUGCGGGACAGGUCGUUUCCUAUCAUUUCUGUCAGGCCGAUAACUGUCACACGUGUCUGGUGCCGGAGUUCGUCCACAACACGGCGGCGAUGUUAACCGAAGCGCCUCAGCUGUCGGCGUAUCGGGAGCUGCUGCGUCGAUCGCCGCAGCUUCAGAGCUCGCUCGGUUUGCGGUCCUGCAUCCAAGACCCGAGCUCCGCCUUCCAGAAAGGAAUUUUAGAACCACUGGAUGCUCUUUACAAGGAGAGGAGGUUGCAUGUGGAGGGGGCAGGGAUCAUUUUACUGAUCGAUGGGCUCAAUGAGGCAGAGUUCCAUCGGCCGGACUACGGUGACACACUGACCUCCUUUUUGUCGCGAAACAUUCACAAAUUUCCUCCGUGGUUCAAGAUCAUCGCCACUGUGAGGACCAAUCAACAGGACAUCGCUCGCUCGUUACCUUUUCACCGCAUCUCUUUAGACGGGAUGGAGGAAAACCGUGCCAUAGAUCAAGACCUGCAGGGUUACCUGACGCAACGCAUCCACAGCAGCCCUGAGAUUCAGAGCAACGUGUCACUAAGCAACGGUCGCCUCGACAACACGGCGCUGACCAAGCUGAUAAGCCAUCUGAAGAGCCUAAGCAAAGGCUCCUACCUCUACCUGAAACUGACCCUAGACUUGAUAGAGGGGGGAUACCUGGUCCUUAAGAGUUCCAGCUUUAAGGUAGUUCCCGUAAGCCUCGCGGAGGUCUACCUGCUGCAACUAAACAUGCGCUUUCCCACACAGUCGUCUUUCCAGAGAGUUAUACCGCUGCUAAAUGUAACCGUGGCAACGCUGCACCCGUUGACUGACCAACAGCUUUUUGAGGCCGUGAAUGCCGGCAGUCUGACCGGCGGGGCCAUGCAGUGGGUCGAGUUCAUGCAGCGCCUGGAGCAGCUGUUUCCUUUCCUCAUCCAGAGGACCGACGGGAGUCGGAUGCUGAACCACACCUCGUUCAGGGAGUGGCUGGUGUGGAGGGAGGAAGGGCAGGACGACAGGUUCCUCUGCGACCCCAGGAGCGGUCACACGCUGCUGGCUUUCUGGCUCUGCAGACAGGGAGGAAAGUUGAACCGACAGCAGACCCUCGAGCUGGGCCAUCACAUCUUAAAGGCUCACAUCUACAAGGGCUUAAGCAAGAAACUUGGGAUUUCCUCCUCAAUUCUGCAGGGCCUGUGGCUGUCUUACAGCACAGAGAACUUGAACCAUGCUCUCUCAUCACUGCGCAACCUUUACACCCCCAACAUCAAGGUGAGCAGGUUGCUGAUUACGAGCGGGGCCGAUGUGGAUUACCGGAGCGGCGUCCUCAACGACGCCCCCCUGCUGUGUGUCCACGCUCAUUUGGGCCACGAUGAUGCCGUGGCCCUUUUACUUGACCAUGGAGCGCAGGUGGAUAUUCAGUCACACGAUGGGUUGACUGCGCUGGGAUUUGCAGCUUCCGCCGGACAUCUGGAUGUUAUAACCCUGCUUAGUCAGCACAAAGCCAAGGUCGGUCACGUCGACGCGUCGGGUCGGUGCGUCGGCGUGCACGCAGCUCAGCGGGGCCACCUCCACGUGCUCCGUUUCCUUCUGAAGCACGCCGACUGGAGCUGCGCUUCCUGCUGCGGCCGGAGAGGCGUGAGCAGGAGCCAGGCGCUGCAGCAAGCGCUGACCGCAGCGGCCAGCAUGGGCCACACGCAGAUUGUAUCUUAUCUACUGGAUCGUCCAGAGGAAGAUGAUGAUGAUGAGGAAGAAAGACCUGAGAUCAACACAGCUGACAGUCUUUGGGGAGAGACAGCUCUGACAGCAGCAGCAGGAGGCGGCAGGGUGUCAGUCUGCAAGCUGUUAUUGGAUCAAGGAGCUUCUCUGGAGCAAGGCAGCAGACGAAGUGUCUUACCGCUGUUCAGCGCAGUCAGGCGGGGCCAUUGGCAGGUGGCGGAGUUGUUGUUGAAUCACGGGGCGCAGGUCAACAUGGUGGACCAGCAUGGCCGCACCGCUUUGAUGACGGCAGCCUCAGAGGGUCACGUGACCACCGCCAAAUUGCUGCUCGAUCACAGUGCGUCUCUGGAUCAGGCUGACAGGGAAGGCUUAACAGCACUGAGCUGGGCGUGUCUGAAAGGCCAGCUCCCAUUGGUCAGAGAGCUGGUGGCGAGAGGUGCGGCCACAACACACAGUGACCGCAGUGGUCGGACGCCUUUGGAUCUGGCUGCGUUCCGCGGGGAUCCUGAAGUGGUGAAGCACCUGGUGGACCACGGUGCGUCCGUGGAACACGUCGAUUCCAGCGGGAUGCGACCACUGGAUCGAGCAGUCGGAUGCAGAAACACGUCCGCCGUCAUCGCUCUGCUGAAAAAGGGAGCCCAGAUAGGACCAGCCACCUGGGCCAUGGCGACAUCCAAACCGGACAUUUUAAUGGUUCUUAUCAGUAAAUUGGUGCAAGAGGGGGACAAACUGUACAAGCAAGGUAAGGUGCGGGAAGCCGCUCAUUCCUACCAGUCCGCGCUUCAGAAGUUCCCAGCCGACGAGUUGAAGACGUUCAGACAGCUGAGAGUGUGUGUGCUCCUCAACCUGUCACGUUGUCGCCGCAAGAUGAAUGAUUUCGGCCUCGCCGAGGAGUUCGCUACCAAGGCUUUGGAGCUCAAGGCCAAAUCUUACGAGGCCUUCUACGCCAGAGCGCGUGCCAAACGCAGUCGCAGGCAGUUUCACGCAGCGCUUGAAGAUCUGCUGGAAGCCAGCCGCCUGUGUCCUUCCAACCGGGAAAUUCAACGCCUGUUGUCUCGGGUCAAGGAAGAGUGUCGACAGCAAGCGCCGAAACAAGACUCGUCCGCUCAAGGAAACGUGUCUAACGAUGACGCGUGGGGCGGAGAUUCCGAUUACCUGCACGUUCACGCCAAUGAGGCGUUCGCGAACGACGACGAGAGUGAAGUGGAGAGGAAUAAGUGGAAUAUCUACGGCCGUGCGGGGGUGCAGUUACCCCCGGCUCACAAUGUGCACAGUCCCCAGUCGAGUCCCACCCAUUCGCCCUCGUCCUCCCCUUCUCGCUGUUUCAGCCCUCCGACCUCGCCGCGGCAGCCUCAGCGGCCCACCGGUCCGUUGGCGGAGCGCAAGAUGUUAUCUGCUCACCGUGCAGACCAGAACCAGGGAAUACAGCAGCAUCACAGUCAGGCCAGAUCUUUUCCGAACCAAAACCAGUGGCUCCAAGCAGCCAAAGUCCAGGUUGUCCGAACGGGUCAACCCGCUUCAGCGGUCCACUCGAGCGUGGUUUUGGGCAGCUCCGCCUACUCCCAGUUUGCCCGACUGCCGCAAGAACUUGCUGAACUCGGGGAGGGUUUUUGCCCAAGCCCCUUUGAUAUGAAACCUGGCCAGCAGGCGCAUGCGAGUCUGGGUCACGGCCCUUCAUAUCUCCGAGAGAGUGCGGAUGUCGACCUGGUUUACCAGUCCAAACCGACCCCUGCCUACGGGGCGGGAACGAGUCGCUUCGGGCAGCCCCGUCAGUUCAGCCGCAACCAAGCCAAAGCCGCCUAUUAUCCCAUGGAAGUGACUGAAAUGGCCAACGCUCCACCUGACGAUCAUCAGUACCUCCACCAGGCGGGCCUACGACACCCGACCUCGCCCGCUCUGCCCCAGAGACCCGUCAUCCACUCCCACAGCACCGACGUCUGCGUCGCUAGCGGGCAGCAGGCCAACCGGGGCCCGAGUUUCAGGACCUCGGCCUCCACGCAGCAUGUGAACUUACCUUCACGCGCUUUUCCAGGAGAAAUGAUUGGUCACCCCGAUGACCUCAUGCUCAACUCCUCUCCCCAAGGAGAGUGCGUGGUCGGAGGCGGGACCUAUCCCGGAGAGGCCGGUCGUUCGUCGAGAAACACGCCUUACGUGGGCCUUAAUGACAAGUCUGUCAGGGUGCUCCAACAAUAUCAGCAGCAAGCUCCGCCCUCGUCCUCACCUAGCCUCAGCCCCUCCCGAUCGUGGGCGGUGUCUUCGGUGGACACCGUCAUUGCGUCGCCCGGCAAACGCGCCGACGAGCUGAGCCAAUCGCAGCAGGCCUUCUCCAUCGCCUAUCACAACCGCAGCAACAACAACGGCCACUAUGACAAGCAGCUGCCCUACUACAACGCGUUGCCGGGCAACAAUCCUCAGGUCGCCGCUCAGAAGCUGCCUUACAUUGACGUGAAGCUUGCGCGAACACUGCCGGUCAAUCGCAAAAUGUGUCCGACCUCUCCUGUCAAAGCUAAAAGACCCUUUGUGGAGUCGAAUGUAUAGAGAAGAGGAAGGAGUAACCUUAUUUGUACAAGGCGAGAGAAGGGUAAGACUUUAACUGCUCACCCUUGAACGGUAUUGAGGGUUCAUCAGAGCAGAUUUAGUUGAGAACUGCACAUUACAAGAUCUCAUACGUCAUUGUACAGAAGACGGUAGUAAGCUCGAUGGGAGGAGAGCGGAAUGUCGUCCAAGCACAAGAAGGAGCAGGGGCGUCUGAGGUGGACUUGAUUCCUCCUCCGUGACUUCCUCCGGACACCCGUGGAUGCAGACCUGGAUGCGCAGUAGCAACUUGACGCCUUCGCCGAAGAUCUGCGCGAGCACUUGACCCGCUCCCCCUGCAAAUCUGCACGGAAAAACACCACGCGAUAGCAUGGCGAGCCAGAGAGCAGCCAUAUCCUUCGAUAUCCUACCAGUAUGCUGAAUUGUCCAAUAUACUAGUGCGCACUUUGUCCGCACUAGUCGAACAAGUAGGACGCAGCAGUAUAAUGACUGUCUUACUAGUGGGGGGUGGGGGGGGGGGGGUUCCGCUACAGUGGACCCACGCUAUUCGCAAGGGAUUUGGAUUGGCAAUCUGCAAAUAAUUGACGGCCAUUGUAAUUGCCAUGGAAUGUUGUAAGAAGAUCUUCUGCAGCUCAUUUCUUGUGAAAACAUCCUAUUGUACUUAUUUUAAGACAGGUUUGACAAACAUCUUCUUUUAAGAAUCUUAGCAAGUCAAUUCAUGGUCGAUAGCGUAAAUUCAACGGAAGAUUUGUCAUUUUGGCAGUGUCGGGCACACGAGUAUAACAACCGCAUGUUUCUAGUGAGGCAAACUGUUCACAGCUGCGCUCUAGUGAAGCACCAGAUGUUAACUAGUCUCCAGUGGUACUAGUAGCGUGGAGUUGUCAACUACUGCAGUUUUGCCCCACUAGUAACAUGUAGAGGCGGCACAGUGGGCGACUGGUUAGCACAUCUGCCUCACAGUUCUGGGGACCGGGGUUCAAAUCCCGGCCCCGCCUGUGUGGACUUUGCAUGUUGUCCCCGUGCCUGCGUGGCUUUUCUCCGGGCACUCCGCUUUCCUCCCACAUCCCAAAAACAUGCGUGCUAGGUUCAUUGAAGACUCUAAAUUGCCCGUAGGUGCGAUUGGUGGUUUGUUUCUAUGUGCCCUGCGAUUGGCUGGCGACCAGUCCUGGGUGUCUCCCCCAGACUGGGCACGACUGCGACCCUAGUGAGGAGAAGCGGUACGGAAAAUGGAUGGAUAGUCACAUGUCGUCGUUCUACUAGUAUGCCCUAGUUGUUCUAUUAGUGCACCGAUUUGUCGUAUUAGUGAGGACAAACAGCACACUAGUAUCUGGACAAUUCAGCGCAAUAUUGAAUAAAUGCUCAAUCGGCUUGCCGUUGGGUAGCGCCUCUGCGAUUGACCGCGCUGAGAAAGUCCCAAGCAGUUUGAGAAACCUCACUGGUGUGCAAAGACAAGAAAAUUGUAUUUAUGUUUUUUUUUUUAGUUGUCUGUCUUAAAAUGUGUACAUUUUGUUGUCUUGUCUUUUUGCUUUGAAAAGGGGGACAAAAAAAGGAGAGAUGUAUAUAAUUUUGUGUGCAUACGGCAAUUUCUUACACUGUUAUACAUUGAGCAUCCCGCAAAAAAAGCAGGAGUACUUUUCGCUUUUGUUUUAGCCACAAUGAUUGCACGUGCGUGUUAGGGCUACAUUGAAAAGACACACGCACGCACACACAAAAAAAGGGAAAUUGCACAAUACAAUAAAAUGGUCGUGGGGGAAUAAAAAAAAAAAAAAAAAAAGUUGAAUGUUCUGAGAAUUUUCAUGAAGUGGUAUUACAAAAGUACGGUGGUAUAUUUUAAGUUCGGCCCUAAUUGCUAUUGGCUAUUGCCGUGGAAACAGCAGUUCAGACGAUGGAUUGUCCCGCGGUGGCCGCAUUCCUGUUUCACUCCUGUCCCAUAGUUCGCGGUUGCAGCCCAAGCGUUCGGCCUACUUCCAAGGCCGAAGACCACGUACGGUGUUUGACCAACCUUGAGCACAAGUAGCCAGUGAGCGUUGAAAAUUGUCUUAAGAGAUUCACGCAUUCGUUCUUUGUAGGGUCACAGGCCCGACUUGUUUCAGUUCCUUUCUUCAAAGUUUUGUGUGUUUCGCGGACAUGAAUGUUUUUUCAUUUCUUUUUAUAUGUUUCUGAUAAAAGGAGACUUCUGACCUGUCCGUCGUGGUACAGUUCUCUGCUGUCGCAGUUCUCGAUGCUAUGACACGUUCGGCAGCCGGGAUUUUGAGCGCUUGGAAUUCUAAAACGGCCACACGAUGGCAUCUAUUAAACACAGAUGAAAAUCAUUAAACGUCACCGACAACUCUG